UCAUAGGUGUAUAUUCUCUGUCUCUCAAAAAUAAACAUAAAAACAAAACAAAAAAACCACCUCUGUCUUAAAAAAAAACUAAGGAAAAAUUUAGGGAGUUCUUAUUUUUCAUUUUCUUCAUAUUAGCUAACCAUACGUUAAUAGGUGUGUGUUUUUGUUGGGUACUUGGUAAGGAAGAAAUGCAUAUCAAAGGGCUCUAGGAAACCAGACUUCCCCAUCAAUUUUUUUUUCCUCCAUCAUUUUCUACCUGAGAGGUGAGCAACCAAAUUUGCAUGCAGGUCAAUUUAGGAAAUGAAAAUAAAUUUGGUUGGGGAGGGAAGGUGGAUCUGUGAUUCUUUGUUUUUUAUAUUCAAAAACCCUCAAGGGAAUUCUUCCAACUUAAACUAUCUAUUGUAGUGAAUAAUAGAAUGUCAAAGAGAGAAAUAACACUGCCUUUAGCUACUAAGAUCUUAAUGUGGGCAUGUAUGAACAGUAAAUGCUGGUAGCUUCUGUUUGCUCAUGCCUUGAAUUUAUAUGAUAUAGCACUGGAGAGUCCAAUAGUGAGAUCAUCUGCAUUAUUUGAUUUCAGCCACCAGUUUAGAGGCAGAUAAUCUUAUCAUUUCCCUUGACAGAUGGGGAGAUUGGGACUUGGUGAGCUGGGCCUAAGAAAAGUAGAGUCAAGUCAUUACAUUGAAUGCAGUGUCCCUUGAAUGCCUGCCUGUGCUAGGGAGAUGAGUGAGGUGUGGAUCGAGACUCUCCUGCUCAGGCAGGGCACAGCAAACCACCUGAUAUCGAGCAACCCUCCACACUGGGUUCCUUCCACGGCCAGAUGGCAGCACCCUAUGCCCCAUCGGACUGAUCCUCCAGUCUCCAUAGUUAAGGUUGCUUAGCCCAGCCUGAGCUCACAUACCCAAGGAUUGUUUCAUUAAAUUAUUUUGUAUUUAUGCUGUCACGAGCACUCUGCGAAGGCAUGUACACAAGUUCUGUCUUUCCACAAUGUCAGCUUUAUUCAAUCAUAAAGCAAGGUUAACAUAAUUGUAAAGCAGAUUCAGAACUCCAAACUCAAAGACCUUUCACUACGCAUUUAACUUGGCGUCAUACAUGACACGCAAAACAAGAAAGAUACAGUAAGGGUAAGUUAAUGAAUGAAAUGCGAAGUCAGUCCAUGAGCACACAGCUGGGAUGAGGCCUUGACCAGUAUGGGUCCACUCAGCGCUUCCUGCUUACUGUGUUCAAGCAGUGGAGGAUCUCCAUCGCUUUCAGAGAUCAAACGAGCAGAGCCUUCAGUGGCAGUUGCCUGAUGCCAGUGGGACAUGGAAGGGUCAGCAUCUGGAGAAUCUGGCAGUUUGCCUCAACAAUCUUCCCUUUUUAAACGAGUUUCAUCAGUCUAGCCCUUUCAGACUUCUUCUGGGUCUAAUGAUUAUCGGUUCUCCUUUCUUCCAGGCUCCCUUGGUUUUGCUGGUUAUCAGUUCUGGGUGCCCCCAGGCUGUUAACAGUUUUAGCAGUUAUCUGUUCUCAGCUCAUCACCCUUGUCUGCUUUCUUGAUUCAUUACAUCCUUGCCUGACAUGAGUGACUCCAUCUUGCUCUCUACGUAUGUACAGACCCUGCCAUAUAUGUAGUCUACCUAAAUGUGUCCACAGAUGUGCAUGCUUUCUUAGUACCUUUUUCCUCUUUUGUGUUGGAUGCUUCCCUUUCUCCUUUCACACUAGCUGCCACCCCCUCAACCGUCCCUCAACCAACAGUGUAUCUCCUUAUUUCUCUUCAGAUAUAUAUAAAAUCUUAAUAUAUCCUACAUAGAUCUAUAUAUUAUUUAAUAAUCAUGACAUUAUACAUACUUCAUCUGACUUUUCUCCCUGUAGAGUUCCUCCAGAAAUCCCUCUAGGUCAUCUAGCAGAGUUCCAAUCCAUGCUUUGAAUGGCUGCACAAAAUUCCCUGGUGUGAACACAUUAUUUACCCAGCUCUUUUCUGACAGGUGUUCCCAUGUUUCCAGUUUUUUGACAUCCCAGAUAAUACUGUAGUAAAUAUCCUAAUACAUUACUUUACGUAUUAGUACUUUUAGUUCUACAGAAUAGAUUCCCAGGAGUGGAUCCCUGAUUAUAUUUAUUUUAAUUAAUAGAAAUUGCCAGAUUGCUUUCCUAAAAGCCUUCACAUCUCCACUAGUAAUGUAUGAACGUAUCCUUUUCUUUGCCUCCCUUCUAGCUUUGGCUGACAGACCUCUUCAUUUUUGUUAGUGCAAGGGAUCUGAGACCUUAUUGUUACUUUAAUAGCACUUCCCUGAAUAGAAGUGAUGUGUAUCUUUUCACAUAUUUCUUGGCCAUCUAAUUUUGUUCUUAGGUCAUUUGCCUAUUCAUAUUUCUUGCCCAUUUUUUUAUUGGGUUAUUUGUCUUUUUCUUGACAGUUUGUUAGAGCUCUUUGUGUAUUAGGGUUGUGACUGAAGAUGCUAACUAAGGCUUCUCUUCCAAGCCAAGAUGGUUGGCUAGGAGGCUUCCCUCCCUCUGCACUGUAGGAAAAGUUGAAACAAGCCGAGGGGUUGUUUAGCAGAACUAGGAAGGCUGUUAUGACUUGUGGCCACAGACUGCUGGUCACCGUUUAGAUACUUAGUCUGAACAGAAGACUGUAUUGAACCAGAAUGUAGCCGUAUGCGGAGGACUGAGAAGGUGAGGCAGUUCAGCACUGUGCUGCCUUCCACCGGUUAAGACCUCCGAGAGCGAAGGCCUGCCAAGGCAGAGGAUGUCCCUCUGCUGCCCUUGGAGGGGCAGCGCUGUGCUGGCCGACAUUUGUAGUGCUGCUUGUCCAUGGCUCAGAUGAGGCAGUCCACUAAGUCUAAGUCCACUAAGUCUUAAUUCUGAUUAAGACAUCAGAAUCAGUGCUUCUCACUCUUUUUUUUCCACCUUCACUCUUGUAACAGAUGGCAUUCAUGUAUGUGGCACUCCUCUGGGCAUCCCAGAUUUUGAAGAAACCCAGAGACAUCUUGCAGGGAGCACUGCUGAUGGUUCUUCAGAACUCAGGAUUCCUGCUCAGUGUGUCCACCUGAGAACUUACAUUGGCUGGAAACCAUGAGGCAAUGACAGGGACCCCCCAAGGCCGACAGGACGUGGCCUAAUACCUAAUUUAAAGAAGCUUGGCUUCCCAGUUUUUAGUGUAACUACCCGCUAGCUGCGAACCCACGUGAUUUUGAAGAGCGUUCCUAGUUCAGGGAAGAAGGCCUGGACGCGUUGAACAUUUUCUGAGGAAUAAACCGUUAACACUGAAAAAGAACCCCAGACGCCGCCGCGGAGAGAAUGAGGAGUGAGGAGCCGACGACGCCCAUGGAAGACAGCGGCGCGCCAGACGACGCUACGGCGCAGGGCGGCCCGUGUCCCGGCCUGGCCCCGGCCCCUCCCGGCCGCCUGGGGGCGCCCUACUGCGAGGCCUGGGGCUACUUUCACCUGGCCCCCGCGCGCCCGGGCCACGCGGCGGGCCAGUGGGCCACCUGCCGGCUGUGCGGGGAGCAGGUGAGCCGCGGCCCGGGCUUCCACUCGGGCACCCCGGCGCUGUGGAGGCACCUCAAGAGCGCGCAUCGACGGGAGCUGGAGAAGAGCUCCGCCCGCAGCUCGCCGGCCGCCGCCCCGGGCCCGCUGCCGCCGCCGCCGCCGCCGCCUCCUCGCGGGCCCUCGGCCGAGGGCGACUGGGCGCGCCUGCUGGAGCAGAUGGGCGCGCUGGCCGUGCGCUGCAGCCUGCGCGAGCGCGAGCUGGCGCGGCGCGAGGCGGCGGUGGAGCAGGGCGAGCGCGCCCUGGAGCUGAGGCGCAGGGCCCUGCAGGAGGAGGAGCGCGCGGCGGCCCAGGCGCGGCGGGAGCUGCAGGCCGAGAGGGAGGCGCUGCAGGGGCGGCUGCGGGAAGUGAGCCGCCGCGAGGGCGCCCUGGCCUUGGCCUCUACUCCGCUGCUGCAGACUCCGCUCAAAGAAGAGCCCUUGGGGGAGAGGGACGGCUACAUAAUUACCAAGGUCCUGUAGGUCUGGGCCGCUUUCCACUCCCAACCCCUCCCGUGCCAGCGCUACUCAGUGGUCCACGGAUCAGCCUCACCUGGGAGCUGAAUCUCAGGCCCACCAAGAUCUCCAAAUGUGGACCCUUGAGAAGCACUUAGGAAACCAGAGUAGAACCAAAAAUCACUUAACGCUCUGUGCCCCGCCACGCCCCGGGAUGCCUGGGAGCACCAGCUCCAGGGGCCUCCUUUGCUGUUGGGCUUCGGUGCAAGGAGGUGGUUUUCCUGCAACUCCUUUCGGAAGGACAGCUCGGUCCUAUAUUACCCGGAGUCCUGUAACUUCCAUCCGUACCAAAGACUGCCACACCACGUGGCUGGACACCCGCCAGGGCAACCCAGGGUGGAGGGAGCACGGAAAUGAGGAUCAAGCGUUUUAUCCAAGGAGAGUUUUAUUCGUUUCCUCAUGAAUAAAUCUUUGGCAAGUUGA